UUGCACGUCCACAAAUACUUGCCUGAACCGUUUUUACCAAUCACGGCGUCUGCCUUAUUGUGCUUGUUUCACCGCCUUAAAAAAAAUCACAUUCCCUCGACACCCUCUCAAAAUCCCCGAUCUUCAUCCCCGUGCCGAGUCAACCCUCCACCUUCUCCAGCAAAACGUCCCCUUCCCGCAACCUCUGCUGCUUCCUCGCUCACCACUCGCCUCGCAACUAACUUAACUUGAUACUCCAGACCUAGGUCAAGAUGGCUAUCAAGGUCGGAAUCAACGGAUUUGGCCGUAUUGGCCGUAUCGUCUUCCGCAAUGCUGUCGAGCACAACGAUAUCGAGAUCGUUGCUGUCAACGAUCCCUUUAUCGAGACCCACUACGCCGAGUACAUGCUCAAGUACGAUUCCACUCACGGCCAAUUCAAGGGAACCGUUUCCUUCGAUUCCGACGGCCUGAUCGUCAACGGCAAGAAGGUCAAGUUCUACCAGGAGCGGGACCCCGCCAACAUCCCUUGGCGCGACACCGGCGCCGAGUACAUCGUCGAGUCCACUGGCGUUUUCACCACCACCGAGAAGGCCUCGGCCCACCUGAAGGGUGGUGCUAAGAAGGUUGUUAUCUCGGCCCCGUCGGCCGAUGCUCCGAUGUAUGUUAUGGGCGUAAACGAGGAGACGUACGACGGCAAGGCCAACGUCAUCUCCAACGCUUCUUGCACUACCAACUGCCUGGCUCCCCUCGCCAAGGUCAUCAACGACAAGUUCACCAUCGUCGAGGGUCUCAUGACCACCGUACAUUCGUACACUGCUACGCAGAAGACCGUCGACGGUCCCUCCAACAAGGAUUGGCGAGGUGGCCGUACUGCCGCCCAGAACAUCAUCCCCAGCAGCACCGGUGCCGCUAAGGCUGUCGGCAAGGUCAUUCCGGCCCUCAACGGCAAGCUGACUGGCAUGUCCAUGCGUGUCCCCACUGCCAACGUCUCCGUGGUCGACUUGACCUGCCGCAUCGAGAAGGGUGCUACCUACGACGAGAUCAAGGCCACCAUCAAGGAGGCUGCGGAGGGUCCCCUCAAGGGCAUCUUGGGCUACACUGAGGACGCCGUCGUCUCCAGUGACCUGAACGGCGAUACCCGCUCGUCCAUCUUCGAUGCCAAGGCCGGUAUCUCGCUCAACAACAACUUCGUCAAGCUCGUCAGCUGGUACGACAACGAGUGGGGCUACAGCCGACGUGUCCUGGAUCUCCUGGCCUAUAUUGCCAAGGUUGAUGCCGGCAAAUAAAUUUGUUGUUCCUGGCUUUGCAUAAUGGUCUUGAGGGCUCUCGCUGCGGAGUCGAACGUGUUUGUGCGCCAGGGCGGGCACUCACUACAAGAUUAAUGGCCUUUGACGGGUCCUCUCUACGGGAACACAGUUGUACUCUGAUUUGAUCGAUACUCGAUAAGAGUAGGAUCCAGAGAUAAUGAAAUAAAGAAGAAGAAAAAACCAUACUCAUCGAAGCUACUGCUGCCCAAGUCGUGAAAUUAUGCCAUGGCCUGUCACGAUUGGGACAUGAUUCUCUACGUGGUAUAUCGUCACCAACCCGGUAUUUGUGAUGCCUAUAAAACAACCUUGUUAGGCGACGAAAGGGACUAGUCGUGAUUGGUUUAGAUCUGGCGUAUCCAGGCUCGAUCCUACCGUAGGCGUAGGGUUUCGUGGUUGAAUGUCGGUUUCGAGCCAUGUCUAAGUAUGG